UAUGUAUUAUAAUCAUUAUCCUGAUGAACGAUAAUUUUGAUCCAUAUACGAUAAUAUUACGGCCCUGGUACGAUAACUGCCUGGCUUUAGGUUGAGAACACUGAUUAUUUCAACGUCAAAGCUGUUUGUUUUUACUCAGUUCUCUUCCUGUGAUUAAAAUAAAAUGUUUUAAAUGUUCGUGUUUGGGACAUCCCCCUGUAACGACCCAAAGAUUAUAAUAAUCGCCUACAGGAAAUGUAAUAAAUGUUAUUAAAAUAUAAGUCAACUCACAACAGAAUCAGUAUCAGCUUUAGCCUAUAACUAUAAAAUGACUAUCAAAACUUUCAUGUUCUUUGACUUGGAGACUACUGGACUGCCAGCCAAGGAUCAUGUUCCCAAAGUCAUAGAACUCACAUUCCUCUGUGUAUUACGUAGUGAUAUAGAACAAGCAGAUAUUUAUAAUUUGCCACCAGUAAGUAAAUUGACGUAUCUCUUUAACCCGCAAACAGAAUUGUCACACGAAGCUGCCCAGUUAACUGGACUGUCUAAUGAGUAUUUAAUUAACCAACCUGUGUUUGAAGAUAAAAUUAAAUGUAUUAAAGCAUUUUUAGAUGCUCCGAAACCAGUGUGUUUGAUAGCACACAAUGGCAACAGAUUUGAUUUUAAAAUUAUAAAAAAUGAAUUUGCAAAUGCGAAAGCCGUUUUACCUGACGGCUUAUACUGUGUAGAUUCUUUAAAAGCUUUUAAGAAAAUACUUAAGGAUAAUGAUUUUAUACAAAUGGAAGCUUCAAAUGUGUGCAAACGAAAUUUUGAUAGCAGUGACAGUACUCUAGGUGAAGAUGCUUGGCCUGAUCUAAAUGUGACUCCAGAGAAUUGGAGAGAAAUUGACAAUAUGAUAGAAUCAUUCACCAGUUUAACAACUACACCAAAAUGUGAAAGUGACAAAAAUAAACAGUCGACAAUAAGUUUGAAGUUGACAAAUAUUUACAAAACAUUGUUGAGAAAGGAACCAAUAGUAUCACACAGGGCCGAAGCCGACUGUAUGAUGCUUCUGGAAUGUGUAAUUAGCACAAAGCAAUAUUUUCUACCGUGGGCAGAUAGGAAUUAUCAGUUAUUAAGCAGAAUUAAACCUUUUUAACUUACAUAAAGUAUUUUAUAAAACUCAUGUUCAUUAUUAGUUAUACCAUUCAGAAAUAUGCUUCACAGAAGUAACAGUAUUUAUAUAUUAAUUGAAAUGAAUUUAAUAGAUAAUAUUUUGUAUUUAAGCAUAAACCUCAGAGCUAAGUCUAGUAUAUUAUAAAGGAAUUGGUAUAUUAUAAUAGUUUUGGCAUCUCAACUUUUAGAGGACAAGUAUAUGUGGAAUAAAAUUCCCAAAGAUCAAUGUUUCUACUUUAUACCAUAGAACUGUAAUUAUGUUGCAAUAUAAUAUUUUUAUACUAUUAUGAUGUUUAAUCAAGUAACAGCUGCUUUAUUUUAUUUGAUAAAUAAUAUUAAUGUUACACAAUACCACUGUUGUAAUAAGUUUUAUGUUUUACAAUUAAUAAAUAUAUUUUUAUCAA